AUGGAACCAAAAACAAGGAAAAGCGACCGCAAGGCAGCUGACCGUUCACGCCAUGGAUGCACAAACUGCCGUCGAAGCAAGGUUAAAUGCGACGAGCAAAAGCCAACUUGCACCCGGUGCUGGCAAAAGGACCUGCAGUGCUACAGUACUUUUCAACUGAAAUGGGAAUCGGAUUUCCGUGAUCGUGGGGUCGCCUUUGGCAGGUCCGGGCUCUGGACCAAAAACUCUCCCGAGGAGCGGCAAAGCCCAACAGUCUCUCCAGACUCAACUUCAACUUCCCCAAAAGAAGCCACAUGGCUUGCGAUCCCGCCGGUUCAACUUUGGACAUUCGUAAAUAAUGACGUGUCUUCGAUCCGGCGACUUUGUGACGAGGAACAAAAUCAGGCCGAACCAUAUCUCCUGCCGGCUUUCAACGCCAAAAUGGCCAUUGGUGAACAAGGGCCUCGUGAGCCAAUGUUAUCAUUUUCAAGACCACCGUCUCCUUCUAAUCAAUCCAUGGAGAUGAAUGAGGUAUUAAUGCAGAACUUACGACCAUCCCUCUCGCUAUUUCCAUUACUAGCCGAGCUGGAAAACCGAGAGCUGUUCGACUACUAUAUCAAUCAAAUCUGCCCUCGAACAACUCAUAGUUCCCUGUCACAAUCGCCAUUUGCAUCUGUCAUUCUUCCCUACUGCGCAUCAGCUUCCCCCACAGUGCUACGAGCAAUCCAGGCUCUGGCUGCCUGCCAUUGGUCUCAAUACGACCCCCAAUACAGCAACAUCAGCCUGCGGUUAAAGUCUCGAGUUUUGAACGACUUCCAAAAGCGAAUCAAUCGUGACCCCUGGACUCUCGUUGCGGAAGAUCCCGAAAUCUUGGUUAUCGUAAUGUUCUUAUGUCUCUUCGAUAUCGUGGAUGACUGCGAUCAACGGUGGAUUGUCCAUCUCCAAGGAGCGAAAGAUAUUAAUCGACUCCGAAGGCGACAUCAGAACUUGUUAUCAGGGGCAAAUGUCAGUACGCAGCGAGACCCCGUAUCUUCUUUUGCGGAACUUUUCUUUGCUUUCCAAGAUGUGAUGGGCCGAACUGCUUGCGCAAAGGCAGACCUUUUCGGACCGAGCUAUUGGCACGAGGACGAUACAACAAUAAAUCUUUGGAUGGGUUGCAGCCCGGCUCUUGUCUCGAUAUUAUUCACUAUCAUGGACCUAAGUCGGUCACGACGGCUUAUGGUUUCGGAGGCGGACCAGAGAACUUUCAGUCUGCGAGCCACCACGUUGAGUGAUAGGCUCGAUACUCUCAAACAAGAGCCCCCUACCGACGAAAAAGACCAGACUAUUUACAGGAUCGCCGAAUUGAAGAGACUCACUUGUGUUGUCUAUCUAAAUUGCGCGUUAUAUGGUGGGCGACCAUCACAACCCGUGAUCGAGAGCUAUGUUCAGAGGAUAUUGAAGGAGAUUCUUGAAUUACUAGCCUUGGAAUCCGUCUGUCACGUCAUCUGGCCUCUUUUCGUUGCCGCUGUCGAACUGGACCCGCUUGAUUCGGAACUCUGGGCAGAUCCAGGGACCGGCUCAGUGACAGACGGAAGAAGGCUUGUCUUGGAAUUGCUUGCGAGGAUGGCCAAGAGCAGUGUCUCGAGUGUGUCUCGAACCCGCGCUGUUAUUGAGCAGGUUUGGAAAUCCCGGGACUUCAGUUUGUCAAAGUCUUCCGAGCCGAAACGAGCUUCUAUUUCAGAUUUAAAUGACUGGGAAAGAUAUGUUGUGCCAGUGAGUGAUGCUUUGAGUUUAGUAUGA